AUGUCCACAUCUUCUGGGAGAUGUCGAAGAAACAUGAUAAACAACUUAUCGGAGGUGGCAAGGGACCCUUUUGGGAUACUUUACUUCACUGGGCAAAGUGUGCUCCAUUCCUUUGCCGCACGGGACAUGGGCUUGCAGGCAUUCUUCUCCAUAUCUUCCCUGAUUUUCUGGUCAACUUUUGGUGUUCAAAAUCUAAGCCAAGAGGAGAACUCAUUAAAUCCUGGCAUGGUUUCUGUAAGUCGUGGGAAUGUUGAGAUAUUGUCCGUGAAAAGUAGGAAACUUAAGGAGAAUAGCAAUACUCCACACACUGAUCAAGACGAUGGGGGCAAUGCAAGUUUGGAAGAUUACCAUCCGAUUGAUCCAGUUCCAAGUUCAAAGGCUUCUGUAAGACCUGGACCUAUCCAGCAUGGCACUCCUCUGAUGCCAUAUAUCCCAUGGUCUGCUCCUCCUCCUGGGCACAAAGAGGACGGUGCACUCCCGUAG